GUCUUGUGCCUUCGGCCGGCAGAGAGACAAUGACGCUGUAUUGGCUUUAGAAUGCAAAUUAUUCGUGCUGAAAUGUGUGCGCGGGGUUGGAGUUUAAUGUAAGGGAAAGUGGAGCAGUGAGUUGUAGCCAGUGGGAUAAUGUCCAUAAAUACCAGUAGAUUUUUAAUUUGAUUUUGGGUUCGAAUGUUUGAGACGAUGCCGCAGUGGGUUGGGUCACGGUUUUUCACACCCAAGAGAGCUUAUUCAAGUCGGGUUUCCGACAAUAUUACCUGAGUUGAGCUUUCGUUUCCAGAGCAGCUCCCAGAAACUCACACACCCGUAAUUUUCGGUCGUAGAUAUGGUCAGAUAAGAAACACUUGAAGAGAAAGUGCGAGAUUUUAAAUGCUUAGACAAAAAUAAUACCACCGAUCGCAGAGAAAUUUCUUGCUUGGAGAAUUUCUUGUCUUGUUCGACUUGAAACAUCUGCUCCGAUAGGUGUUCCGCUCGACAGCAGUUCCUCUGUUCAGUUGUGUAGCUUGUUACAUACAGACAGAGAACCCCAAUGAACUGAGCGUUCUUUCAUUCUGCUACACUGUUGUGCUGUAGUACUGAGAAUGUCGCUUUAGGAAUGCGUUUCUAAGUCACUUCAGCAGCGUCUACUUUCAGAACUUUACACACUCGCUUCUUGAUUUCUGCUGUGAUAGUCGGCACAAGUCUGCACAUAUUCUUCCCGCUGCAUCUAAUUUCAGACAGUUUCUUGGUUCGUAUGGUUCGCCGAGUAGGUGGCGUUUGCUUAGACCCCAAGUACGUUCCUGUUUCUUGGGUAACUAGGACUUCACGGGUUACCAGGAUGUCUGGGUGGUGUCAGUUCAGGAUUCCGAGAAGAAGCAAGCAUAUUAUUGAACCAAAGAUUUUAAACUCGUUCUAUGGCCUAAGUACUGCUAUAUUUCUUAGAUCUCAUACAGUCGCCAGCUGACGUUGAGGCUCUAAACAAGUGAUCAGCAAUGGAGAAGGAGAGUGAUCCAUCUCCUUUAGCAGAAUCACAUUUGAAUCCAACCCAAGAGCAAGCUCAGGCUGCUGGUGGCGCUUCUACUUCAUAUUCUGGCAAGCUGCCCGUGAUGACCACACCCUCGAAUCUGCCCGAUCGACCAAAUAAAAUCGAUGCAGGUCCUAUGGAGAGCUUGGGGAAAAAUGUGAAGGACGAGACACAGUAUGCACCAUCAGCUGAAUCGAAAUUAAACUGGUACAUUGUAAAAUUAACUCUUGCAGCAGGUAUUGGUGGCCUACUCUUUGGCUAUGACACAGGUGUAAUUUCAGGAGCCCUGCUGUACAUUCGCGAUGAUUUCCCGGAUGUCGAAAAAAGCACAGUUCUACAGGUUCUCUUCAAAAAUAUUGACAUAGAUUCCACAAGAAGCCUUCCUUUGUCAGCACAAGAUCAUCCUACAAGAUGGUCUUCUUCAGUUGUGUCCGUCGAUAUCGGUAUGUGUGAUCAACAAUGUGACACUAAAAUGCAGGAAACUAUCGUGAGCAUGGCGGUAGCGGGAGCUAUAAUUGGUGCUGCCUACGGAGGUCGCAUUAACGACAAAUUCGGUCGCAAACCAGCGAUAUUAGCUGCAGAUACCGUAUUUGCAAUUGGGGCUGUUUUCAUGGCAGCUGCACCGAAUGUGGCCAUGCUCAUUGCAGGCCGCAUAUUAGUAGGUUUAGGUGUGGGUGUGGCUUCCAUGACUGCCCCCCUCUACAUUGCUGAAGCUUCUCCUGCACAGAUUCGUGGUGCUCUAGUUACCUUGAAUGUACUCUUCAUUACUGGCGGACAAUUUCUCUCCUACCUUAUCAACCUCGCCUUCACAAAGACACCAGGAACGUGGCGGUGGAUGCUGGGUGUGGCUGGAAUUCCUGCAGUACUUCAAGGUGUUCUGAUGAUGCUUUUACCGGAAUCUCCACGAUGGCUAUUUCGACAGGAAAGACGAGGGGAAGCAAUCGACGUGUUGCGAAAAAUAUACCCAAAACCUGAGGACUUGCAACAAGAAGUGGAAGAGCUGGAAGCUGCUGUUUCAGCUGAUGUAGAAAGGCCGGUUUCAUCCAUACGAGCAAUAUGGCAAUUAUUCUCUCACAAACCAACUCGGCUAGCGCUCACUGCAGGAGUUGGUCUGCAGGUAUUUCAGCAACUCGUUGGCAUCAAUACAGUAAUGUACUACAGCCCAUCUAUCGUUGAGCUCUCAGGCUUCGCAUCCCACCAGAUGGCACUUCUCCUCUCUCUCAUUGUGUCCGGUUUAAAUGCGAUUGGAACAAUUGCUGGGAUGGUGGUCAUUGACCGCUUCGGAAGGCGUCGGCUACUGUUACUGAGUUUGACUGGGGUUAUCAUCGCCCUCGCCGUUCUAACUUCAGCCUUUCAUGUCGCAGCACAUGACUCCCCGUCUGUCAACUUUUCAAUGGACAACUCAUUCUCUUCCUUAAUUUGUACUAAACAGACUGUCGUGUCUAGGAGUCAUUGCACAGGGUGCUUACAAGCUGGAUGCGGAUUUUGUGCUGAUUCUAGAGAUGAGAAUCUGCCAGGCAUGUGCUUGGUGUUAAAUAAGACAGUUGGGGAUCUUUGUGGUGAAAAUACUUGGUUUACCAAAGGCUGUCCCAGUCAUUAUGGAUGGUUAGCCCUCGGGGGACUUGCCUUGUAUAUAAUUACAUUCUCCCCCGGCAUGGGCCCUGUUCCAUGGGCUAUUAACUCUGAGAUUUAUCCACUUAAAUAUCGAGGUCUUUGCGGGGGAAUUGCAGCAACGGCCAACUGGGUUGCCAAUCUAGUCAUCACGCAAUCAUUUCUGUCGCUUGUCAAAGGCAUCGGUACAUCAAUGACGUUUUUAUUCUUUGGGUGCAUCACUGUUGUUGCAAUUCUUUUUGUUCUUUGGUUUGUGCCUGAGACGAAAGGAUUAUCAUUUCAAGAAGUGGAGCAAAUGUGGGAGAAGAGAGCCAAAGGCCAGAGUAAUUGGCGACAUGGGUUUGUGGUCAAGGAGCCGGAUACAAAUUCAAAUUUGGGUCAGGCAUGAGUAACUUGAUCUUCGCCCCCACUCACGUAAGCAGAUGAUUGAUCAAGCGAUGGGUUAGCAGCUCGACUCUACCAGACGUCCUCGCAAACUUGGUCUUAUUCUUUUCAGUGAAACUAAAAAAAGAGCUUGCUUGGAAGUAAGAACAGUAUUGAAGUUUGCCACAUGUGUCGUAAUAGGUGCCUGUUACAGGCGAUUCCGGCAAUUCAAUUUGACUUAAGGCUGUAUGUGCCCCAGAGACCAGCAGUGAGCAAAACAGUACCUUAUAUUUUUAAUAUAAAAUAUCAUUAUGCUUACAUUUUGAUGAA